AUGGCCGAAAACGAGUCCUGUUUGGCUCCUUUCAGUGAAACGAAAGCCCUGAAAGUGAAGACCACUCGCAAGACUUCUCUGGACGAUAAAAAAGUUUACGCAUGCCAUUUUGGCAAUUGCACAAAGCGAUACGCAAAACCAUGUCUGUUGGAAGAUCAUAUUCGAACUCAUACUAACGAGCGUCCAUUUGCUUGUGAUUAUCCCGGCUGUGGAAAAAGGUUCUACCGCCUUACUCAUUUGCAAACGCAUUUCCGCGUCCAUACAAACGUCAAACCUUUUGCAUGUACGUUUGAAGGAUGCACAUCAACGUUUUAUACAAUGCAGCACCUUCAUCGGCAUGAGGCUGCACAUCGUAAGCCAAAAGUGUACGCCUGUACAUGGGAAGGAUGUACGAUGAGUUUUUCCCGCCAUCAACAACUUCGUAUUCAUGUAGCUAAGGAGCACACGCAUACCGACCCCUAUCCUUGUCCAUAUGAGGGAUGUACGCAGGGCUUUCCAACAAAGGUAAAGCUCAAAAGUCAUGUUGAUCGUGUUCAUGAAAAAACCGUAUCGUAUCAGUGUACACAUGAGGAAUGUAAAGGACAGCCUGGAUUUUUAAAAUGGAGUGAGCUUCAACAACACAUUCGAGAAUGCCACCAACUGCGCAAUCAUUAUGUUGUUCAUGAAACCACUCUUGAAGAGCGCCGUGUUCACAAGUGUACAUAUGAGGGCUGUGAACGUGCAUUCACUCGUUUGCCCGCUCUAAAAAAUCAUGUACAAGUGGUUCACAUGGGUGUCCGUCCCUUUUCAUGUGAAAGGUGUGGGAAACGGUUUGGCUACAAGCAGCUUUGGCGAAGACACUGUGAACGAAAACAGUGUAGUGUUACGAGCACCGUCAAUAGCUGUGAGGAUGGAAGUAUUAGUCCGGAUGCAUUAUCUAUUCCUCAAUUACCGGUUCCUAGUCUGAAGCCAACAAUGAAUGCUAUGGAGAAGGAACUGCUAUUCAGUGAGAACAGUCUGCAAAUACUCGAUCAGCAAAACAUUGCUGCUCAUGCUCAAGAAAUCGUCAAGACGCUCACAGGAUUUCGGUAUGAGGAUGAUCGUGAUAUUUGUUGUGUUGUGCCGGACUGUCCAUACCGCUUCAAGAGAAUGUAUGAUUUGUCUCGGCAUGUCGCCUCUAUGCAUCCGGAGGUUCCACUGGUCGAUGUUUCAACGUCUCCGGAUCUGUACAACGCAGUGAUGGAGACGUCCAAUGAUGAGCAAUUGGACCAACAAAAUCCUCAAUCUUCUCCAAUUUCCACGGUACUUCAUGUUUAA